UGAAUGAGAACAAAAUAGUUUUAGACAGAACAGCAAACAAAUCMAACAARUCAUGGAAGAACAAGAGAGAAACACAGAAGAAAAGCCCCAAAAUACAGCUUCCUCCAGUAGAAUCGACGAAUUAUCAAGGCCUAAACCAAUUCCAACUGGAUUCUUAGACGACCGGCGAUCGGUGUAUUGGGAUAAUAAUCUUGCCAAAGACUGGUCAGGUCCAGUAGAACCUACAAAGCAAGCUGUUACCGCAAGACAAGAAGAACUAUCCCAAAGUAAAAACAUCCAUAAAGAUUACCUUGGCGACAGGCCAACCCCCAUAUGGACAGUUAGUGACGCUGCAAAGAGUGCCUCGGCUAGUUCUCGUGUCGAAACGCUAUCUGAAGCAAAACCUCUACAUCGUGACUACGCUCCUUGUAAACAAGUACAGAGUAUUGUCAGCGAGGGAGCAAAGAACGCAGAGGCGUCAGCACGAAUAGAAACACUUGCUAAACCUAAGACCUUUGCUCCUUUAAAGAUCAAGGAAAAUAGUGAGUGGGACUGGGGCGAGUGGGAAUCAGACCUCACCGAAGCAGCCAAGAAAGCAACUGCUUCAGAUCGAGUUGUUACCCUGUCAAAUCCAAAGGAGCCUCAUAGAAGCUACAAAGARGGACGCCCUGUAAUAUGGGAGGUCUCAGAAGCAGCGAAAAAGUCUCUUCCAUCUUUAAGAAUUCAACAACUGGCCAGACCCAAAAGCCGAAGCCAAUACAAUGAAGUUUACGAUGUAAAUGCUUGGAAAGUGUCAGCCGGGGCUAAAGUUGCCCAAGCAACGCCGAGAAUAGCUGAACUCGCAGCACCUUUACCACGAAAACUACGAGCAAAGAAAGUUGCGUGACACUUUGCGUGACUGAAAAUUAGUCAAUCAUUUUUUUUUUUUCAAUGAGAAUUUCAAGAACUUUUCAUUUAUCUUAUUUGAAAAAUGGAUAUAUUUGGAAAAAUUAUAACAACGUAUCAAGACAGAAGGAAUGUGUGAACGAGUUCAAAAUUAAAACUGAUCACUUUUUCUAUAAA